CUCACAAAUUAAUCACCUUUGCAUUUCUGUUUCUAUUGCCUCAGUUUUAAUAGCAAAUUUUAUAGUUCCACCAUUUUCUCCAUUUUCUCAACUACUAUUUCUUUCAACAUGUUUUCGACAAUUGCUGUGCUUUCUAACCAAACAAAGCCCCAUCGCCGUGACAUCUCCGUCGUGCCGGAGAGCGAGGUGCUCAGAAGAAGAAACGAGGAGUUGGAGACAGAAUUAAAAAAGAGCAUUGAGAGGGAAGAGAAAAUGAAGCAGGAAUUGCAGAAAACAUGGGAAAGGCUGAGGGUGGCGGAGGAGGCUGAGGAGCGACUUUGCUCUCAGCUUGGUGAAGUUGAGGCCGAGGCUGUUGAUCAGGCUCGGACCUACAGGACACGUGUCGUCCAGUUGAUGGAUCAACUCUCUUUGGCCCAAAAACUUCUCGAAUCAGCUUCCAUUACCGUCCCAAAUUCCCAAUGAUUGUAGGGGAAAUUGGAAGAGCCAUGCCUGUAACAUUAUGCACAUAAGCCUUAGCUUGUUCCUUUUCAGUUUUCUGGGUGUGUGUUUUUAAUUUUUUUUUUUUCUUUUUCCGAUUGACAUAGAUAGCCUUUUUAAAAAAAUUCAUUUGAUGUUUGAUAUAUGGCUGUUGUGUAUUGUUGGCGGCCGGUUUUUAUUGCGGGGUUGGUUUUUGGCUCCAUGUAAAUGACGAAAUGUAAGAUUAGGAACUCAGAAUUGUGGUGUAUAUUGACCUUUUUCUUUUUGCCUUCUUCUUUGGUGUAUAUUGACCUUUCUUUCUUCUUUCUUUUCCGGGGUGUAAUGGUGAUAUUUUGUGUUCAUUUA